CGAAAAGAUUAGGAGGGAGGGAAAAAAAGAAAAGUCGAAAAGACAGACCUCGCAUCCAUCACUUACUCGCCAUAGCCAAAAACCAACACAGUGCACUCUCCAUUGAAGACGCUCUGAGCUUACUCACAAGCUUCUGCUCGAGAUUUGCUUGAGAGAGAAGAAAAAAGGGGAAAAGGGGGCAUCGACAGUGAGGAAGAGGAAGAGUGAAGCAAAGUAGGCGGAGAAAGAGAUGGUGGUGGACUACUACAAGAUCCUGGGUGUCGACAGGAGCGCCAAGGACGGCGACCUCAAGAAGGCAGCCGAGGCCAAGUUCAAGCAGAUAUCCAAAGCGUACCAUGUGCUAAGCGAUCCGGAAAAACGAGCCGUCUAUGAUCAGUACGGUGAGGAAGGCCUGAAGGGUCAAAUGCCCCCACCUAAUGCCCGUGGCCGCGGGGGCACCACCGUCCCCAGAAGCUCAGAUGACCCUUUCGCGGAGUUUUUUGGGUUUUCAAGCCCGUUUGGUGAAACGGGAGGCAUGGGAAGUGGUGGUGGAGGAAUGGGAGGCAUGAGGGGUUCGAGUUUCUCUAGUAGCAUUUUUGGCAACGAUAUCUUUAGUUCCUUCGGAGAAGGAGCAGGAGGGGGAGGUUCCGCGUCCCAGUCUGCCCCGAGAAAAGCUCCCCCUAUUGAGAACAGGUUGCCUUGCAGCCUGGAGGAUCUCUACAAAGGGACCACGAAAAAGAUGAAAAUCUCUAGAGAGAUUGCUGAUGUGUUUGGGAAGACUACGCAGGUCGAAGAGAUAUUGACAAUUGAUAUAAAACCAGGCUGGAAGAAGGGAACGAAGAUCACUUUCACGGAGAAGGGUAAUAAAAAGCCGAACGUGACCCCGGCUGACCUUGUCUUCAUUGUCGACGAGAAGCCCCACAGUUUGUUCGAGCGUGAUGGAAGCGACUUAAUUGUUACGAAGACUAUCACUCCAGCGGAAGCCUUAACGGGAUACACAGUUCACCUCACGACCCUUGAUGGGAGGAGCCUGACCAUCCCCAUCAAUAAUGUGAUCCAUCCCGACUACGAGGAGCUAGUCCCCAAGCAAGGCAUGCCUCUUCAGAAUGACCCGACCAAGAAGGGUAACCUGAGGAUCAAGUUCAAUGUCAAGUUUCCGAUGAGGUUGACUUCAGAGCAGAAGGCUGGGAUCAGGAAACUCUUCGCCGCUAGUUAAUAAAAGGGAGUGUGAGUUCGAUGUGGGUCUCAGUUGCAUCAUGUUACAGUAUAAGUUGUAUACGGUGGUCUGCUUAGGGUGUUUGUGGAGAAUAUAAUGUACAAUAUAAUUUGAAAAAAAAAAAGAUAAUGAUUGUAUUAUUAAA